CGUCUAGCUUUGCAGGUAAAAUUCUAUUUCUUCGUCAAUUAAUCUUGUGUCUUCAAGAGUGGGGGAGAUCGUGGUGGGAUUUUUUUUUGUCUUUUUACGAGAAGAACCUUGAACUGUAGAAUACCCUGUCGGGACGCUUUUGUAUUAAAUAAUCCGAAGAUCGUUGUUUGUGAUUUAUAAUUGAAGUAAUCGGAAUAUUAUGUAACUCAAUCCACGUCUUCAUGAAAUAAAGAUAACGUUCCUCAGUCUGGGGAUUAGUAACAACCAGUCAACAUCGACUUUACGCCUGGUAAAUAAAUAAUCAUCAACAAUGAACAUUUCCUUCGAGGGGAAAAGAGUAUUGGUUACUGGUGCUGGUCAAGGAAUCGGGAGAGAUCUUGCCCUUCGCCUGUCCGAGUACAAAGCAACAGUGAUUGCAAUAUCGAGGACCAAGAAAUUCCUGGAGACUUUGAGACACGAAGAUCCAAAGAUAAUGACAUUGGAAAUGGAUUUGAGGGAUUGGGACGCAAGCAGAGCUGCUGUAAAGAGAUUUCUUCCCAUCGAUAUGGUUGUUAAUAAUGCUGGAGUGGCUACCCUAGCCCCAUUUUUACAAUUAACAAAAGAGGAUUUCGAUCUGACGAUGGAUGUCAACGUUAAAGCAAUCUUCAAUAUCUCGCAAAUUGUCGCUGACGAUUUAAUAAAGCGAAAAUGCGGGGGGAGUAUUGUUAAUGUUUCUUCACAGGCUAGUCAGGCAGCUAUCAAGGAUCAUGCGAUUUAUUGCGCGUCCAAAGGAGCUGUCGACAUGCUGACAAAAACAAUGGCAUUGGAGUUGGGACCUCACAAGAUUCGAGUUAACAGUGUGAAUCCGACAGUUGUCAUGACAGCGAUGGGAAAACUUGGCUGGGAGGAUCCAGAAAAAGCGAGAGUGAUGCUGGAUAAAAUUCCUCUCGGCAGAUUUGCUGAGGUCGACGAAGUCAUAGACGCAAUUGUCUAUUUGUUGAGUGAUCGCAGUAGUAUGAUAACAGGAGCAGCUCUUCCCGUCGACGGUGGAUUCCUCGCAACGUGAUGUCAUCUUCCUGAAACCGCUUUAAAUCCAAUUUACUCUAAUAAUCAAUUAAAUGAUAAUUAUUAACCA